GGUCAUGUGACUCUGCACGGGAGUGAGGUCGACCUUCAAUUCAGGGCCUCGGGGAGUCGUCUGCGACAUGCGAGGAAAAAACAAAGAUAAAUAAAAAAAAGAUCUCAUGUUUUUCGACGGGUCGAUCGUCUGCAGAUGCAUCGUAUCACCUGAGGCAGACAGCAGGGGCUCUCGCGUUCUGGGUGUACAUGGCGACCGCCAAGAUGUGCCUCAGAACAGCACACAAAGGCUUUGCUUGUCUCCAGAUUACAGCAUGAUCGGCUGCGAUCCGUCUCCUGUCAUAAAUAUUAUCCCUCACUUUUUUUUUCUCCCUCUUUAUGUAUUCGCUGGAAGUGCACCUUGACGACAAAGCCCACAGCUUCAACAGCGUCCAUGUGGCAGGCACGUUCAACGGCUGGUCGCAGACGGCUGAUGGACUUGAGUAUGACGCUGCAGGCACCAGGUGGGCUACCAGUCUGAAACUGAACAAUGUCCGUGUAGGGGAUAAAUUGCUGUAUAAGUUUGUUGUCAACGAGCAGGAGUGGGUUUGCAACGACCAAGAGGCCACGGAGACAAACGAGCUGGGCACAGAAAACAACGUUGUCGUGAUCACAGAGGCCAUGGAGGAGCCCGAUUCUGCGGUGUCGUCUGCUUGGGUCGAGGUGGAGAACCACCAGGACGAGGCAGAGGAAGCAGCCAGGGACGAGCAAGAACACGAGACUGCGGCUGAGCCGGCGCCAGAACCAAAGCACGUGUCGCACAGGAAAAACUACUACUCGUGGCUGGUUUCGGUGGCCGGACUGCUGGAGUCGCUCAAAUGGUUUUUCAGGUGUUACCUCGUGUCGAUAUUUACCAAUAAGGGAGCAAAUAGCCAGUGACCC